AGAAGAAGAAUUAGGAGUGUUAAUGGGAGGCAUUAAUGUUAUGAAGAAUCGAGAGACAGGGUGUAGUAGUGUGAUUCUGCUGGGUCCCAGACCAUAGCGUUGAGUGGAUCAAAUGAAAAGGAAUAUUCCUAGUGUUUGUGACACCUGCCGUUUGGUGAGAUGUAGACCCGGUGGCAAUGGCGCAACUGAGAAUACCGUCUCUCUUGUUGAGCGUUGACAGAGAGUUUUUACCCCGAUAAAGUCAGGUUAGGUUAUAUUUUCUAUUCUGUCAGGUCCUAUGUUCCGAACUGGCUACGGUGCAUUAGGUUCCCACGAUGUGAGAAAUGUGCAGGAGGGCAUAGUUAGAGGAACAUUACAGUUGGAAUGAGAAAGCACGUGUGUCAACUGUUGGCGUGCCCAUGAAGCUGGGGAUCCAAAGUGCCCUGUGAGAGAGACAGGUUGAGAUUACCAGAGUUUGAGAGGGUACGUUUCCUAUGCUGAGGCAGUGAAGAGGGUAGAGGACUGAAAUGUGACCGAAAUGUGCAAUUCGCACUCUGACCUGCGAAAGACAGCAAUAUGCAACACAGCGUCUAGUCUGCCGGAAAGCCACAAUAAGAAUUUCGCUACAGUUCUAAACUGUAUAUCAAGUCUCAAAUGAGUCUAAAAACUGGACAAUAUUGUGGCUGCAGCAGAAACGUUUUGGGGAUUUAAGGAUUUUACAUUUGAAGACCGGAAAAACUGCACUCCCAGGUUCCCCUUGAGCCUGUGUAGGCGAAGAAGUAACGACCACGUCAAAAAGAACGAAGCCUACUUCCAUCUAACGGUAGCUAGGUAAAUACGAAUGGUUUGUUGUUGAUGUUGUCGGCUAAGCUAGCCAAUUUAGCCUGCUAAGUUAGCUGUAACGUUAAACUUCGAGAUAGCUAACAUUAGCUAUCUAACAAUGGCCUCCGUAUAUUUCUACAGUACUACAGGUCCUAUAUUGCAACAAAAAAGACAUUGCUAGCUAUAUUGUAAACUAGCUAGUUAGCUACAUGCAAAUUAGACAGAUGCUAACAAGCUUGUGAGUCGUGGUGAGCAGAGGAAGAAAUUGUUGCUCUUGCUAGCUCACGUUAGGUAUCGAAAGGUCUUAAUUUGAAGAUGAUGCGGCCUUAUGGUUAGAAGGGAAUACAUGUACCAUACGCUGUCAGGGAGGUACAGGAAGCAAUCGUUGAAGUGGAGAAUCAGGUUUUCUAUAGAUAACCCAGACAGUGUUCUUUAUCAGACUGAAGGUACGCCUGAGGGUGGAGACGAUCGGGUUCCUAGAGGUGUACUUUGACACUAGGCCAACCUGGGCAGAACGCAUCGAGAGACUGGUGAGAAAGUGUACAAAGGUUCUAAAUGUGAUAUGCCGCCUGACAGGGAUAGAGUGGGGUCUGGGCGUUCCUCACUUAGGACCAUGUAUUUAUUUGUGGGGAAACCAGUUCAAAAGAGCAAUUGAAUAUAUGUGAAAAUAAUGACUUAAAUUGAGUUUGUAAUGUCACAAAAAAGACAGUAGCUUUGGUUGAUGUUGCUCUGAACAAAAGCCACAUUUUGUGUGUCCUGGGAAACUGUUUUCACCAAACAGUUAGGCCUAGCCUAUGUCAUCUUUCUGGUUUCCAGAUGUCCAUAUGGAUUUUCACCCCAACAGCAACGUUCAGCGUUACAUAACAAUAUUCAUUGAUAAGAGAUUGCAGGUCAUGAGCUCUGUGCACAGCAGAUAGGAGGACUGUUGCACAAUUUUUCUCAUUAUCUACUUUGACACAGUUUCAGAUUCCUGCCUGACUGAGGAGAGUCAGAACGUCCAAAACGCUGAAAAAUCCUGUAUUAGGAUUUCCGGGUACUGUCACUGUGUCUGUCACAUCUGAAAAACAUCUAAGAUUUUGGUUUUUGGUAUAACAGUUUGUGAACAGUUUUUUUACAUGUGUUUGUGCGAUAAUGAGUUUGUGUGUUUGUCAAGCAGUGUCCAGAUGGUGUGGGUGUUCCUCAUGAACCGCAUGGGGUCUCAGGGCAGCACAGUGGCCCAGCGGAGACGCAUGGCCCUGGGGGUAGUCAUCCUCCUGCUGGUGGACAUCAUCUGGGUUGUCUCCUCUGAGCUCACCUCAUACAUAUUCAAGCGGCAGGAGUAUAACAAGCCCUUCUUCAGCACGUUCACCAAGACCUCCAUGUUUGUGCUGUACCUGCUGGGGUUCCUGCUGUGGCGGCCAUGGAGGCAGCAGUGCACGGGCAGUCUCCGGGGACGACACGCAGCCUUUUUUGCUGAUGCCGAGGCCUACUUUACCCCCUGUAUCAAUGACACCAGUUUGAAUGACCAUACCCUAAGUGAACCCUUGUAUGUUCCAGUGAAGUUUCAGGAUCUUCCGACUGAACAGACAAACUGUGCCAUUGGAGAUUGUGAUUCCACCUCUAAAAAGCAACGGGUGCGCUUCAGCAACAUCAUGGAGGUGCGCCAGCUCCCGUCCACACAGGCCCUGGAGGCCAAGCUAUCGCGCAUGUCCUACCCCGCCGCCAAGGACCACGAGUCCAUGCUCCGCACAGUGGGAAAGCUCACCGUCACCGAUGUGGCCAAGAUCAGCUUCUUCUUCUGCUUUGUGUGGUUCCUAGCAAACCUCUCCUACCAAGAGGCCCUGUCGGACACGCAGGUUGCCAUAGUGAACAUUCUGUCCUCCACUUCAGGUCUCUUCACCCUCAUCCUGGCGGCCAUAUUUCCCAGUAAUAGCAGCGACCGCUUUACUCUGUCCAAGCUCUUAGCUGUGGCUCUGAGCAUGGGAGGAGUGGUUCUUGUCAGUUUCUCCAGCAUGGACAGCCCUGACGGAAAAGGCACUAUAGGCUCUCUGUGGUCAUUGGCUGGGGCUGCUCUGUACGCAGUCUACAUCGUCAUGAUCAAGAGAAAGGUGGACCGGGAAGACAAGCUGGACAUCCCCAUGUUCUUUGGGUUUGUGGGUUUGUUCAACCUGCUCCUCCUGUGGCCAGGGUUCCUUGUGCUUCACUACACAGGCUUCGAGGCCUUCGAGCUGCCCAGCAAGCUAGUGUGGAUCUACAUCCUCAUCAACGGCCUCAUCGGUACCGUGCUCUCCGAGUUCCUCUGGCUCUGGGGCUGCUUUCUCACCUCCUCCCUAAUAGGCACACUGGCCCUCAGCCUCACUAUCCCACUCUCCAUCAUAGCAGACAUAUGCAUGCAGAAGGUGCGUUUCUCCUGGCUGUUUUUCGCUGGAGCGGUUCCCGUAUUCCUCUCCUUCUUCAUCGCCACUCUUUUAUGUCACUACAAUAACUGGGACCCUGUUAUGGUGGCGCUACGAAGAGUGUUUGCCUUUAUAUGCCGCUCGAAACACCGGAUUCAAAGAUUGCCAGAAGACUGCGAACAGUGUGAAAGCCUUAUUCCCUUACACACCGUCUCCCAUGACAAUGAAAGCUUCUGCUUGUGAUGCACCAGCCAAUCACAAGAUUGUGAAUACAGCGCAGAGCAGCGCGCGGAAGGUGAAGUGACAAUCUCAAAACGACCAAACAGAGACCUUACCCCCAGUGCCUCUCAUUCAACCUAUAUAUUCUCUGCAGUGUGGAGAUGACCGAUCCAUCUCUACAAGAUGAACUCGUUUUCCUUUGUACAACGUUGACGCGACUCGUCGUCGACUGAGACCGUGUGUGUUUUGUUAUGUCGGAUUUCGUUGUGUAAAAAGAAGGACUUUAUGGUACUGAAAGUGCCAGCCUUUUAUCAAUGGCUCAAUACUGUCAUGUGGCCUCUUGAAAUGGUACAAGUUUAAAUAAUGAGACAGAGGCUUCAGUCAGACCAUAAGGAGAAAAGCAAAGGUAUUGUUUUUGUUGUGAGGGGAAAAGUGCUCUGAUUGGCUAAUGUAGAUGUAUCCUCUUGUUGGUUGGCUAAUGUAGAUGUAUCCUCUUGUUGGUUUUCUAUAGCCUCACUGCUUGUUCACGGGUGUGGGUUUGGAGCAAGCACAAUUCAGACCUGUUAAUCUAGAAAUAGUAUGGGUGGAAAAAGUUGGUCAUGUACUUCAUUAUCAGGCUGUUUAGGUGAUUUACGAAUCCGAUUUACUGAUCUGUCCAUAUUCAUAAAUGGUCUCAGAGUAGGAGUAUUGAUAUAGGAUUUGUUUAGCCUUUUAGAUCAUAAUGACUAUGAUUAUAUGGACACAGGGGACUUGCAUUAUAUCAGCAAUGCUACUCUAGGACACUUUUUUUAAUACAGGCCCAUUUGUGCAGUGCCUGCUCAGAAUCACUGUGAACAAGCAGUAUCUGACGUUUGAGAUUAGAAGAGAGCUGAGCACAGCUGUUGACUACCGCCUUUGAUUUCUCCCCCAUACUCUACAUCCCUCUAUCUCUGGCCCCUGGCAGCCAGGCUGGAUCAUGAAGGAAAUCUGUGAUGAAGACGUUUGUAUGCGUUCUAAUGUGAACUAAGACUAACCCCUAAACUAAGCUGCAAUACAAAAGUUAUAAUGCUGCUGCCUUUUCAACUGAAAACAGAUGCCAUCUCCAAACAGGUGUAAAUACUGUACUACGCCAUGAAAUGCAAAUAAAUUGUUACUUUAGUUUGUAUUUCACAUAAUGACCCUUCUAUACAAAUAAUAGCUUAGAUGUUCUCAGAUGUUUUACUCCACUUGUUUUUGUAAAUCUUAACUAUGUUAUGACACUAAAAAAGGUGGCAUGGAUUUAAGACAGACCAAGUAAGUAGAUUUUGCAGUAUGUUUAACAAAAGCACUAUUUGCCAUCCAAUUAAGUUCCCUUAGUCUUAAUAGAGACCAUUACCUAAUAAUGAUCUGUUUUAUCAUUUCUACCACUCCUCGGUGGGCAUUAGGAGCCAUGAAUGGAGACUUUAUCUGAUUUGAUUAUCUUCCAACAAUUAUGUUUCAUGGUCAAAUUUAUGCCAUGAUAAUGUUUGUAUGUCCAACAAUUGUAUUUUAGACACAUUUUGUUUGAUCAGCACCUACAAUGCAAAUCAAUCACCCACUCUUAUUCUGCUGCUGAUUUAAUUUGAUGAGUAAAAGCAUAUAUCUUUAGUUUUUUUGUCUCUGUAACCCUUGAUGUACACCAUGACAAGGAGCAUGUUAUCAAUAUUUUUCCAUCAACUGUCAACCUGUGUACAGAACUUUAUGGAGUGUUUUCCCAGUGCUGGGUGUGGAUAGGACACAUUUUAUGACUGGCGAUAAUUGCAGGAAGUAAUUACUUGCCCUGUAAAAAAUUUUUUUUAAAGUUCAGCCCCUUGAGCCAUCUUUAACUUUGUCUAACUCAGUUUUUACUUUCACAUUGUCAAAAAAAAAAUGUAUACCUUAGCCAAUAGCUUUUGUCACUAUCAGCUGUGAUUAAUGCACAAAGGAAAUCAGCUGUGAGAUGUAUUUGGUUGUUUAAUUCAUGGGGUUCCUGUAGUCUAUAUUUGCAAAAACAGGAACUCUGGAACUGUACAUCCUAUAAUAAUUGGUAAGCUAAAAUGUACAUAUGAAAACAAAUGAUCAUAUCAUCCAUUUAUGGAGUUUCUUAUCGAUGGGCAGGGUGCCAGAUACAUAAGUGCAUUGUUUGUCAUUUUUUCAAAACUCAUGUUUUUAAAAUGUGUGUGUUUUCAAAAAUCGAAAAAAAAACAAUCAAUGGUGCUUACGGAAUGGAAUGUGCAUAUAUCGUAUAAAGUGUUUUUUUCUCAGGUACUUUUACUUUAUUUUCCUUUGUCCAAUCAGAUUUUGUUUUGAUAAUGUCCCUUCCUUUAUUAAUGGAUCUCUUUUUAAAAGAUGUAUGCUGAUUUAUAAAAGUGUGAUUAUCAUAGUUUACUGUAUCAUCACAAGCUCUUUUGAUGGGAAGAUUCACCCAUUUUGAAUCUUAUAUUGUUUUUGUGCAUCUCUGAGCGAUGUUCUAUUUAUUCUUGGGAUCAUGCACAAAAACAAUGUAAAAAAAAUAAAAUAAUAAUAAAUGGGUGAAGGUGAAUCUUUCUUUUGUCUUUGUUGUUCCGUAAGUCCCUUUUCAAUGUUAUGCUGCACUAUUAAAACUUUGUGAAGGUAUAUUUUCAUUCUUGUCUCUGCCAUAAUUAUCUUUUCAAUGUGGGCAUGACGCCAGUGCUAUUUCUUUUGUAAGAAUGAUGUCUUUAAUAGUGAUUUUUGUCCUGGUAUCCCCACCUUCUCCCUAAAUGAAGAUACUUAUUUUUGCCAUAUCAUUUACUAUUGUGAUCUUAAAAUAUAAACUUAUUUAAAUAAAAUCACAAAAAAUGUU